AUUAAACAAACACCCUCUGUCUCUCUACCUUUUGCUAUAUAAAGAAGAUCAUUUACGUUACGUACAUAUCCUAAAGCUAAUUAAACCCACCAGAAUACAUACAAACACAUAUAUCUCCGACAAUGUCUCGUACAGGCGAAAGCUCCUCAGGCUCGUCCUCCGACAAGACAAUAAAACUGUUCGGCUUCGAACUUAUCAGCGGUGGUAAUCGUUCCCCGGAAGUCACAACGGCUGAUAGUGUAAACUCGAAAAACACGACGUCGUUUAUAGCGAAAAGACUCGAGUGCCAAUACUGUGGCAAAGAGUUUGCAAAUUCUCAAGCCUUGGGUGGUCACCAAAACGCUCACAAGAAGGAGAGGUUGAAGAAGAAGAGGCUUCAGCUUCAAGCUCGAAGAGCUAGCAUCGGCUAUUACCUCACCAGCCACCAACAAACGACGUCGUUUCAGAGACAAUACAAGACGCCGUCGUAUUGCGCGUUCUCUUCCAUGCAUGCGAAUAGUCAUAUGGGUUUGUUCAACGAUGAGUGGUCGUCGAUGUCGUCGCAGAUUAGCUUUGGUAAUAAGGACACGACGUCUCAAGAUCUUAAUGAACAAAAUGUUGAUAUGGGUAAGAUGUACGGUGUGAGACAAAACAUGAUUCAGUUCCAGAGAGAUCUGACUUCUCGUCCUGAUUCGAAGAGAAGCAUUAUUAACUCGCUGGAUCUUCAUCUAGGUUUUGCCGGAGAUACGGUAUAACAAGAGAGAGAUCUAUGAUUUAAAAAUGUAUACUAGUGAUGUAUUUUAUUCCAGAAAAAAACCAGACAUAUAUAUAGUAUUCUUGAUGAAAUUUGAGUUUUAUUUGUUUAGGGUUAUCUAUGUUUUUAAUUCAUUUCAGCAAGCGAUAUUAUAGAAUUAAUUUUAAAACAAUCUCGAAUAGAUUACAGUUUAUAAUUGUCAAUCAUCGGCAA